GUUAGCAGUUUUCAAGUUUUGACUCUACUAAUGCUAUGUAGGUUUUGCUAUUCACUACUUUCUUACUUUUUCAGAUUUUAUGAAAAUAAUAAGGAGUCUGUAUUUGUUAUGAAAUUUUAGUUUAUGCAUACGGUAUUUGCCAGACUGGUUUUAGCAUCGUCAGUGCUACGAUUGAUUUGUGGUUGUCUUCGUGAAGCGUGCGCGCUGCUCGGUAUAGCCGUAUAGCGUCUGAGAUCCUUGCUUUCCUUAACUUUUGGUCAGAAUGUCGAUUGCGCUUAGCUCCAACGAAGAAGAUAUUUUAUCUCGCAUCCCAGACGUAUCGGCGGACGAUGCGAGUACUCGCACGGAAGACUUGGACGAAACCUACCUGUUGCCUGAGUGCUCGGAAUGGAUUGCGGCCCACGACUACAAACGAAUUGCUCUUCAGUUUCCUGAUCGCCUGCUGCAUGAUGCGGCAGCUGUUUACCAGAAGUUAGAAUUAUUCUGCAGUGGACGGCGGUUUUUUAUACUCGGGGAUACGACAUAUUGCAGCUGUUGUGUCGACGAAAUCGCCGCCGAACACGCCAACUGCGAUAGCGUCAUCCAUUUCGGUCCGUCGUGUCUGAGUCCUUCCUCGCGUCUUCCGGUGGCGCUGGUAUUUCCUUCACCGUCCAAUUUCGAUACGGAGGCUUUCUGCCACGCGGCACAAGCCAUUAUAGACUCAGAACAUGAUGUCGUCCUUUUGUACGACACGCAGUAUUUUGCAUCUCUCGAUGUGCUUGCGAAAAGGUUGCCGAAGCUAAAAUUUUCAAGCUUAAUGGUGCCAAAAAAUCAGACUGUUAUAAGACGGAAACAUAAUCAGGAUUUUACCUGCGAUGGGAGCAUGACCACGCUACCGGUGCACAGCAGAAGAAAACUCCCAGAAUCUAACGAUCCUGUAUAUUUAUACCUUGGUCAGCCUAAUUCGCUGAUGACCAAUCUCAGGAUACAGCUGGGACAACACCGAUUUUAUGUUUACGAUUUCGAAGCAGUAUCUUUUAUUCUGGACCCUGCUAACCUGAGUAAAAGGGUAAUGCGCCGGUAUUUUCUUAUCGAAAAAUUCAAGGAUGCGCAAAUAGUGGGCAUCCUUGUGGGGACGCUGGGUGUCAAGGAUUAUCUGCAAAUCAUCGAGCGGUUGAAGACGAUCAUCAAAGCAGCCGGAAAGAAGUACUACACCUUCGUUAUGGGCAAACCGAAUCCCCCGAAGCUGGCGAAUUUCAUGGAAAUUGAUAUUUUCGUGUAUGUUGCGUGUCCGGAAUCGUAUUUCGAUUCGAAAGAGUUCCUAAAACCUGUCGUUACUCCACACGAAGUGGAAAUUGCAUGCGGACAGAGACCGUUUGAAGAGCGGUUCAUUGCUGACUUUCGUGAUCUCUUGCCUGGUGGAAAAGCAUAUGUCGAGUUAAAUGACGGUAGUUUUAAUUCGGAGCCAGAUGUAUCGCUAAUUACCGGCAGUGCGCGAGUGCAGCACACCGAAUCCACGGAAAACGGCGAUAAUUCGGACGCGGUGGUUUUGCGUGAUUCCGCGAUGACCCUGUCUACUCUGCCGGCUGCUCAUAAUUUUCUGAAUGAACGAGCUUGGAAAGGCCUGGAACCGCGGUACGGAGCGGAUGCCGCUGGAGAUAUCGUGGAGGGUACGCACGGGAUUGCGCAAUCAUAUGCCAAGGAUUCGGAAGAGAAAUCCCAUGGCAAAGAUAACUCAAAAGAGAAGGAGUGCGUCUGUCCGUGUUCUGGUGGCAGUACUUGUUCGAAAGUGUCCUUAUAACUUGGGGUUGUAUUGAGGUGCUUUUAACUGUUUUAACUGUUUUGGGAUUUCGGGACGUAAUGAUUGGGCCUACAUGUCCUAUGCUUCCGGUGAUUGCUCAUGGAUAAAAGUGGUAAAUUACGGAGACAAGUGUAAAAUGAAUUAAUUCAUGGUUG